AUGUUUAAUAAUACAUCCCAGUCAAGAUUUGAUGGCCGCUACAGAGCGGAACUUCAACCACUUCUUGUGGAGUUUUACAAAAACUUUGCCAAACCCAAGCCUGCACCGAAGCUAGAUGAGCUCAGAACAGUGGUUAAGAAAAUCCUCAACCGCGUGAGAGAAAAAGAUGCGAGAUUUCAUUGUGAAGUUCACGAUGUUGGCAGUGUGGCUUCUGGCCUUUCGGCCGUCGUAGCCUGUGAAUUUGACAUUUUGCUCUGCGUAGACAUUCCUGGUUCGGAUGAGGAGUCUGCCCUUUCGCCUGGCUACGCUAGGUUCAAAUUGACAGCAUCGAGCGCUCGGACAUGGAGUGAUGUCAGGACUGGUGGGUAUUUAAACCCCCGAAAAAUCACCGAUUUGUUUCAGCGCCAUGUGGACGAGGUUGUAUCGAGCAUGAGAGGCCACUUGCACGGGAGUUACUGUGUUGGCGGACAAAGCACAGUGGCAACCACUGUAUCAACGAAGGAAAACGGUUUCAAACACAAAGCCGAUCUGGUGUUGGCUGUAAAAUGCGUUGGUUGGCCUUCCUCAGCGAAUCCAGACAUCCCUCAGGAUGCAUAUGACAAGCGAUGGCCAAGCGCAGAAGCCAUUUCAAGGAUAAAAGCAAACGGUUACGAGUUGGUCGCCAAAUACGUAAAUGAAUCAACUCCUGGAAUUGGAGACACUGGCCCUGAUGUAGAACUCUUGUGGCGCCUUUCUGUGUCGAGGGCAGAAACUUUACUUUUGAAAACCAUCGAUGCAGAUGGGCCAGAAUUAAGACUGUGUCACAAAGAGUGUCUAAUUAUCUUCAAAGCACUCCGAUUACAUCAUUUGGUAACGACGAGUCGGGGCGUUCCCAGUGCUGACAUGACGAUACUCUUGACAUCUUACCAUCUGAAGACGUUGCUUCUUCACCAAACCCAAACCCAUCCUAAUAAUUACCAGUGGACUGACGACAAACUUGCCGAACGUUUUAUCUCCUUUAUAGAUACCAUUUUCUGGAGGGUUUCUUUCGAAGAUUUGUCACCGUUCUUCUUCCCUAAGAUCAAUCUGUUUAAAAACCGUGGAAUUAUGUUUGGAGGAUUAUGGAAGAAGCUUAUCAUCAAACUAUAA